AUGUCUCAAACUCAUAGGAUCUACCAGCCCGAGAUCUACUCCCAAGGAGCCACAUCAGGCGUCACUCCUGCCACAGCCCUGGGAGUCCGUGGCUUCAACUAUAUUGCGGGUGGAGCACGAGAAAAAGCCAGAAUGUAUCGCAUUGAAGUCCCCGAAAUGCUGACGCAGAUGGAAAACCAGCAUAUCUCAGAUCUUUCUGUAGAGAAAUAUUCCAAUCCUCUUCUUGUGACGUCUGUUGGUUUGCAAUCCAUAGUCUAUGAAGACAAGGAGAUAGGACCUGCAGAGGCAUGUGGGAAGAUUGGGUCCCGUCUGUACUGGCCAGUGGAUGACAUAACAACCUCCUCGUUGACACGUGCAAAGGACAACGGCUUCAGCAUCCUUAUAAUCACUCUGGACACCCGGUCGCUCCCUUGGCGACCAGCUGACGUGGACAAUGCCUAUGUCCCAUUCAUCAAGGGAAUGAGGAACGAGAUCGGCUUCACCGACCCAGUAUUCCGCGCCAAAUUUGAGAAGGAAUCUGGCUGGAGAAUCGAAGAAGACAUUCUGGGCCUUGGUUUUCUUGGGAAGAAUUGGGACGGACCGCUGCUCCUGAAGGGAAUUCAGCAUGUGGGUGAUGCAAAGCCUGCCGUGGAGGCGGGCUGCCGACAAGUUGAUGCCGCAUUCGGCUCUCUGGAGGUACUUCCCGAGGUGGUUGAUGUAGUCUGGGACAAGCCAACAGUUCUCUUUGUCAUCAAAGCACUCCGUCUAGGAGCAAGGCAAUCUAUUAUCCCAGUCAAUUAUGGGCUAAGUGUCGAUGGGAAGAAGUGGCUCUUGGCGGAUGUUUGGCAAAACAUGGGGCUAUUGGGGUUUCGGUCUGUGACGGAACGCUACCGCGACAGGAUCCGAAAGGUAGUGUAUCCGGGGGACAGGCACGCCUUGAAUGGAAACAGACCAGGUGGAACAAUGAAG